AUGCAGAUCAAGCGUUCACGUCCCACCACCGCACCCGUGGCGCCACCCGUCGGCGCGCCCGUGCUCCUCGUGCUGCUCGCUAUCAUUGCGCUGCUCGGCUGCGUGAGCGCCCAGGACCAGGUGCCGCAGGACAAGCGCCCGCCGCACUGCGAGAACGUCGUCAUGUACCGGCCACGCGAUGAGAAGGGUCGAGGCUGCUGCCCGCCCGGUCCCGCCUGGAGACCUUGGUGCUGCUACAACGCAGCCGGCACGGGCGUCUUCUGCGGCACGCACACGCGGAGCGACGAGGAGUCAGAGUCAAAGUAG